AUGGAAGGUAGUAGUACAACAACCGGUGGCCGGUCACAUCUCGUUUCAGUUUUCAAUUUGCACAAAGCCCGCCAUGCAGCCCUCGAUGUCGUCGUCUGUGUACGCCCCGCGCCACCAUGGCAGCGAAGUCCGCCGUCCCGAGCGCCCAAGCCUUCCGUCGAUCGAAGCCGACGAAGAGUACGAGUCGUCCAUUCUAACCGCCGAGGACAAGGACAUUGCCGACGCCAUGAGCGUCGCCUUGGACGACCGCAUGAUUGCCCAAGUCAUCGACAUGCUGUUCUAAGCCGCCUAUGGUCCUUAUUUAGCGCUACCGCAGACUAUUAUCACUAA